AAAAUUGGUGAGAGACUCGAACAUUAUCUAGAAAUGAGUACUUGUUUCCUCUGUAGAAGAGUAGUGUCACUCACAAAUGUAGGGCAAAUGUUUGAAAUUUCAAGGACCCGAGUGCAUUUUCUUCAAAAUACCCAACUUCUUAUGCUUAGAUCUUUCUCUUCGCCCAAACAACACUCUUUCACAGUGUCUUACCUCAUGAACUCAUGUGGGUUGUCCCCAGAAACUGCUCUAUCUGCAUCACGGAAGAUACAGUUUGAAACCCCAGAAAGAGCAGACUCCGUCCUCGCACUGCUUAGAAAUUAUGGAUGCACCAAUAGCCAUAUCUCCAAAAUUGUAAGCCGGUAUCCGCUCCUGCUCACUGCCAAUCCUGAGAAGACCCUUUUGCCCAAACUGGAGUUUUUCUGUUCUGUAGGCUUUUCAGGGCCUGACCUUGCCAGUAUUGUCGUUGCUGGCCCACAGAUCUUGAAAAGGAGCUUGGAAAAUCAUGUUAUUCCUAGUUAUAAUUUCCUCAAGAGUGUACUUAUGGUCAACGAAAAUAUUGUGAGGGCCCUCAAUAAGUCAUACUGGCUUCAUGGUCAAAGCCUGCAAAACAUCAUGGCUCCAAAUAUUGCAAUUCUGAAAGAAAUUGGAGUUCCCAUGUCAAAUAUUUCAUUUUUGGUAACAUGUCACCCUGGCGCAGUGUCCCAAAACAAGGAAAAGUUUAGUAGAAGUGUCAAGAUGGUUAUUGAAAUGGGAUUUGAUCCUUUGAGAGUUCCAUUUGUGAAAGCUGUUCAAGUGAUCAUGGAAAUGGGUGAAUCAAUGUGGGAGCAUAAAAUGGAGGUUUAUAGGCGGUGGGGUUUGACAGAUGAUGAGAUUAUGUUGAUGUUCCGAUUGGAUCCCUUAUGUAUGAAGUCAUCGGAGAAGAAAAUAAUGAGUGUGAUGGAUUUUCUGGUUAAUAAGAUGGGUUGGAAACCUGCUGCUAUUGCUAGAUAUCCAACAGUCUUUUUGCGCAGUCUUGAGAAGAGGAUUAUUCCAUGGUGUUCAGUAGUGAAAGUUCUUCAAAUGAAGGGGUUGGUGAAGAAGGAUCUGUGUUUGAGUUUUUUAGGCUCCAAUGAGAAGAAUUUGUUCAAUAGGUUCAUGGUGAAAUAUGAGCAUGAUGUUCCUGAGCUUUUAAAUGUAUAUCAAGGAAAAAUUGGUAUUUUGGAACUUGGCUUCGUGUCUGAGGGGAUAAUGUAGGAUGAAACAGUUGUAGUUUCUCAACUUAACAAUUCCAAAUAAUUAUCCUUUCUGUCGUUUUUAUUA